GAAAUUUACAAAUAAUUUUAAGUGGAGCGGAUGAGUUUUGGUUAGCGAAAUUGAGAGGUCGCGAACCGCGUGCUGCUGCGAUUACAUUUUCCGCGGCUAGAGUUAUUUAUAGAACGAGACGACGAGAGAGGGAGAAGCUGCUCGGCAAAAAUCACGCACUGCCUGUUUGCCACUGGGCGGAUAAACGCAAGCAGCGACGAAACGUCUUACUCUUCGCUGAAAGCAAGAGAGAAAAAGAGGCAGCCGCACAAAAUUUGAAAGGGAGAGCAAAACCAGAAGGAAAAACGGAUCACCCGGCACUUUUGCAGUCUUUUCAACAUGGUGAAAUACGAGUCACGGAAGAAGAGGUGGAUAUCGGAACCGAAGAUGCUCGUCAUCGCUUUAUGUGUCCUGAUCUGUGUUCCAAGCACGAAAGGAAUUUCCAUUGAGUUUGACGAUAGAUCAGUCGACCACUGGGAAUUUCUGUUCGGCGCUAAUUCAAAGGAAUUUCAUUACGACUUCUGCAAGUACAACGGAACAAGUAGAGGCUUCCAGUGCAAAAGUUUCCUAAAACCAGCGUUUCUAGAUUUUAAAAAAAGGUGUAAUUGCAUCAUUCGGCGUAAUGAAACUAAGGAAGGAUCGCUUAGUGUCGACGUCAACUGCAAAAGCGAAUUAAGCUGCUGCCCUGAGGAAUUGACAGUCACCUACAAGCAGGGCUCUUUUGCGAGGGCUCCACCCUAUGUGGCAAUCGACAACGGCAUAGGGGAAAAUAACAUUGAAUCCACCGGGAAUCCACCGGGAUCGGGAACUGGGGCAGAUCCAGACGUCGCAACGACUGGAAACGACUGGCUGGUGCCUUUCAUAAUUUCCUCCGCAUUCGCCGUUCUGUUCUUCAUCACGACCAUAGCGUGCCUGAUGAAAAAGUGCUUGCCUUUUUGAGAGAAAAGUUGAACUGGUGAGCUGGUAUAUCUUUAUUAUUAAUUUAAAAUGGCCUAACGCAAAAAAACUGUUUUUGGAAGACUGCGACGCGACAAAAUUUCCCUUUUGGAGUAAUUUUUGGUGUGUUAUCGUUAUCAUUAUGUGAUUAUUAAAGUAUUACUACAUAGAUAUUUAGUAUUUAUGUGACAAUUGUCGUUACAAAAUUUAUUGCAUCGGUCGGUUAUGCAGUUUCUGUGUGUCACUUUAAAUUGUUGCCAUUGUUGAUGGAACUUAUUAGUUUUAAUUCUGACUUAUGCAAUGUAUGUACAAGAACAAAUAAAUGAAAAAAAUGA